AUGUCCGGAUCGGGGAUCAAGACUGUUUUCGGCGGAGGUGCUGUUGGCUAUGGCGCCUACAAGACUGUGGAAGAAUGCCACGAUAUCUUCAAGAUUCUCAAAGCUCACAACGUCGACACUAUCGACACGGCCCAGCUCUAUGGCGACUCUGAGAAGAUUCUUGGAGAGGCAAAGGCCGGCGACCAGUUCAUCAUCGACACAAAAACUCCUGGUGGCUUCGGCCCGCCAGCCAACACCGCCCCGGAUGUGAUCAUUGCGAAUGGUCACGAAAGCUCGAAGAAGCUUGGAGCAAUUGAUGUCUUCUAUAUUCAUGCACCCUCUCAGAUUGAACCCAAUGCCGAGGUCCUUCAAGCGAUCAACGAGCUCCACAAGGCGGGCAUCUUCAAGAGGUUCGGUCUCUCCAACUUCGUGGCUAGCGAUGUCCAGGCUGUAUACGACCACUGUGAGAAGAAUGGCUUUAUCAAGCCUUCCGUCUAUCAAGGCAACUACUCGCCAGUAGCUCGUCGCCAGGAUACCGAGCUGCUACCUACUCUCCGCAAGUUGGGCAUCUCUUUCUACGCCUACAGUCCGCUGGCUGGUGGCUUCCUGACCAAAACGAAGCAAGACGUCCUCGACGGCAAGGGCAGAUUUGCCAAGGAAGGAAUUGGCGCUAUCUACAACAACAUGUACGCCAGACCUGAACUCUUGGAGUCCCUGACAGAGUGGGAGAAGAUUGCCAGCGAGGCAGGUGUUUCGCGCGCUGAAUUGGCAUACCGCUGGGUCAAGUUCAAUUCUGCUUUGAAGCCCGAACAUGGUGAUGGAGUCAUCGUUGGUUCAAGCAGCCUCAAGCAGUUGGAACAGACACUGGAUGGUCUUGAUCGCGGCCCGUUGCCUGAUGAGGUUGUCGAAAAGAUUGAUGCCAUGUGGGAGACCAUCAAACAUGUCGCACCGCUCGACAACUAUGCUGAUGGUGUUAAUGCGAGCAAGUAG